GGAGUGUGAGCCUCGCCCGCCUGCCGGGUUUAGAAGCGCGCGCGGCGGCGGUAGCGGCGGCGGUCACGACGGGAUCCCGGGCGGGAGCCGAGGCCCGGGGAGCAGAGGAGCAUCGCGGCGUCCCGGUCCCAGGCGGCGUGGCCCGCGGGUCAUGGCCAAAGGAGAGGGCGCCGAGGGCGGCUCCGCGGCGGGGCUGCUGCCCACCGGCAUCCUCCCAGCCGCUGAACGGCCGGCCCAGGUGAAGAAGGAACCCAAGAAGAAACAACAGUUGUCCAUUUGCAACAAGCUUUGCUAUGCAGUUGGGGGGGCCCCCUACCAGGUGACAGGCUGUGCCCUGGGGUUCUUCCUGCAGAUCUACCUGUUGGAUGUGGCUCAGGUGGACCCUUUCUCUGCCUCCAUCAUCCUGUUUGUGGGCCGAGCUUGGGAUGCCUUCACAGACCCCUUGGUGGGCUUCUGCAUUAGCAAAUCUUCCUGGACCCGCCUGGGCCGCCUCAUGCCCUGGAUCAUCUUCUCCACACCCCUGGCCAUCAUUGCUUACUUCCUCAUCUGGUUCGUGCCUGACUUCCCACAGGGCCAGGCCCUGUGGUACCUGCUUUUCUAUUGCCUGUUUGAAACACUGGUCACGUGUUUCCACGUUCCCUACUCAGCUCUCACGAUGUUCAUCAGCACAGAGCAGAGUGAGCGGGAUUCUGCCACUGCAUAUCGGAUGACUGUGGAGGUAAUGGGCACAGUGCUGGGCACAGCGAUCCAGGGGCAAAUCGUGGGACAAGCGGAUACGCCUUGCCUCCAGGACCCCGCUGACUCCGCACUGGCCACGGAAGGUGCCAAUCGGACACAGAGCACCACCUCCCUGAGAGAAACGCAAAAUGCGUACCUGUUAGCGGCAGGGGUCAUUGCUUCCAUCUAUGUCAUCUGUGCUGUCAUCCUGACCCUGGGCGUGAGGGAGCAGAGAGAACCCUAUGAGACUCAGCAGGCUGAGCCAAUAUCCUUUUUUCGGGGCCUCCGGCUUGUCAUGGGCUAUGGCCCCUACGUCAAGCUUAUUGCCGGCUUCCUCUUCACCUCCCUGGCUUUUAUGCUGGUGGAGGGGAACUUCGCCUUGUUUUGCACCUACACCCUGGGCUUCCGAAACGAAUUCCAGAAUCUGCUCCUGGCCAUCAUGCUCUCGGCCACAUUCACCAUUCCCAUCUGGCAGUGGUUCCUAACCCGAUUUGGCAAGAAGACGGCCGUAAACAUUGGGAUCUCAUCAGCAGUGCCAUUUCUCAUCUUGGUGGCCUUCAUGGAGAGCAACCUGAUUGUUACCUACGUGGUAGCUGUGGCAGCUGGCAUCAGUGUAGCUGCGGCCUUCUUAUUACCCUGGUCCAUGCUGCCUGAUGUCAUCGACGACUUCCAUCUGAAGCAGCCCCAGUUUCAUGGAACCGAGCCCAUCUUCUUCUCCUUUUAUGUCUUCUUCACCAAGUUCGCCUCCGGAGUCUCCCUAGGCAUCUCCACACUCAGUCUUGACUUUGCCGGGUACCAGAGCCGUGGCUGCUCCCAGCCGGCACGUGUCAAAUUCACCCUGAAGAUGCUGGUGACCAUAGCUCCCAUAGCCCUCAUCCUGCUAGGCCUGCUGCUCUUCACGCUGUACCCCAUCGAUGAGGAGAAGCGGCGGCAGAACAAGAAGGCCCUGCAGGCUCUGAGGGAAGAGGCCAGCAGCUCUGGCUGCUCAGACACAGACUCUACAGAGCUGGCCAGCAUCCUCUAGGGCUUGCUGUGUUGCCUGAAGCCACCAUCCACGGGGACUGGGGCCCAGACCACAGGAGGAAUCAGGGCCUGCCGGCCUGUUCGCUGACUAGCUGAUCUCCAGGUGCCAGAAAGGGAGCCAAAGACUGGAAGAGUAAGUGGCCCAGGAUACCUCCUGUGCCUACAGUGGGGGGCGCUGUUCAGACAGCCUCCUGCCUCUCAUCUGCCUGCCCAUGGGGCCAAGCCCCAGGGCUGCUACUGUGAAUAUGCCAUGGACUGAUGAGGCCUAGCCCGAAACACUAAUGUAGAAACGUUUUAUACAGAGACUAAUUAAUAACUUAAUGACCGUGUAUAUAGCAACGUGUGUAUGUAUGUGUUUGUGUGCUAUUAAUGUUAUUAAUUUUGAUAAAAGCUGGAAACCAGAGGUGCUUGUUUCUGUCUUUGCCCUCAGCCACUCACUGAGCCCUUCUGUGCUAAGACAGGGAAAUGAAGCUGCAGGUGCCCUGGGGAGCAAGACUGUGUCUGGAGGUGUGAUAACAGCAUCAGCUAACGUUCACUAAACACCUGUCUAUACCAGGCAUGGUGUGGAGGCUUUACCUUCAUUGUGCUGGUUCUCAAAUUUAAUCCUUAAAACAGUCUUGCUACAUUGGGACUAUUCCCCUUUAUUUAUUUAUUUUUUCUUUAUUAGUAUUUUUGAAGUAGGGUCCAUGCCC